ACGUAUCGGAUCAAAGACAAUCGUCGUUCUCUUUUUCUAAGUCUUCGUAGCGUAGUAGGGAACUGUAGCGUGAAGAUGAUGUAGACGCACGCACCCUCACCCGUAGAGCACCAUAAACUAGUGGAAUCGUAAUGUUAACAAGAUUAUUCAAAGAACCUUCACUGCUUCCGGACAUGCAGAAGUUCGGGGGCUGGGUGGAUGACAGCGGGAGCGAGGACUCCAAAACCAAGGACGAAGAGCAGGAGCGCUGUCGCCUUGGCGACGAGGACUUAGACGAGGGCAGUGUGAAAGGAGGGGGCAGCCGGGCUCAGUCUGAAAUUGCAGGGGAGGAAGACUAUGACGAGGAUGUUGAUGAAGAUGACUGUGGAGAAGAAGGUGAUGGAGACAGACCCAAAAAACGUGGGCCCAAAAAACGCAAAAUGACUCCGGCUAGGUUAGAGCGCUCGAAAGUACGGCGCCAAAAAGCAAAUGCCAGGGAGCGCACGCGCAUGCACGAUCUUAAUUCAGCCCUAGACAAUCUACGCAAGGUCGUACCGUGCUAUUCAAAAACUCAGAAACUUUCCAAAAUUGAAACGCUAAGAUUGGCAAAAAAUUACAUUUGGGCCCUGUCCGAAAUCUUAAGGAACGGGAAAAGACCGGACGUAGUCUCUUAUGUUCAGACAUUGUGCAAAGGACUAUCCCAGCCCACGACCAAUCUGGUGGCUGGGUGUCUCCAACUUAACUCAAGGAAUUUCCUAACGGAACAGUGUCAGGAGGGAGUGCGCUUUCACACACCCACCCCUUCAUUCUCCAUUCAAUCAUAUCCAUAUCAGUGCUCCCGUCUUUCAAGCACAAAUUGUCAGUCCGGAUCGAGCACUCAUAGCCUCCGAAAUCACUCCCUCUGUUCGGCCUAUGAGGCUCUGUACACCGAAGGGACGUCCCCAGAAUACAUCAGUGCAGAUUUCGAGGGCCACCACAGCCCUCCGGUAUGUGUAAAUGGUAACUUUGGUGUGAGACAAGAGGAGCCACUUUCACCAGACGCGGAAAGAGGCUAUCAAUAUUCUAUGCAUUACACCAAUCUGCAUGGCUCACGUUCAUCUGCUGCUCAUGGUAUUACUUGCGGACCACCAGGAGCUCGCAGCGGCAGUGUACACUCAGAAAACCUUCCCCUGUUUCAUGAUGUACACAUGCACCACGAUCGUACGCCUGCAUAUGAAGAACUCAACGCCUUUUUCCACAGUUAGGUGAUUCUUCCCUGCUCUGACUUUUUGAUCCACGUUGAAAAAGUGUCAUUUACUUUACUUUAUUUGGAAAUCAGUCGGUGCAGGGUAAUAUAUAUUUUUUAUUCAAAUUAAUUCAAUUAAUCAAAUAAGUUGUUUGUUAGUUUUGCAUUACUGCAUAAGAAUCCGAUUUUUACAAUAAUUACUUAAUGACAAAAUGUGUAUACAGAAUUCAGGACAUGAGCCCAAAGCGAGUUUAUAAUGUAAAAACACAAGAAAGAAAAAUGUUGCAAAAAAUGUUAAAUCAAGUAUGUUUCUUGCUUCAAUAAAUAAGGAAGCAUAUUGUUCCAG